AAUCUGGGUCUGACACCUAUUUGGCCCGCCCGGCUCAGCCCGCUCCUCCGCCUCAGCCUUGCACAGCACUGCAAAGCAGCACCGUAUCAGUGGCGCAAGGGAGCAUGGUUGGCGUGCCAGGAAGGUCCAAGGCCUGCCUCACCUGCAGGCGGCGGAGAAAGGGGUGUGAUGGCGCGCGGCCAAAUUGUUCCCAAUGUAUCGCUGCCGGCCUCGAGUGCGCCGGCUAUGCCCGCCAGACCAUCUUUGUCAACUGGACCGAAGGGGACACCCCGGUCGCGUACAGCCGCCGAGACCGCGAAGGCAACACCACUAACGCGCGCCAAACAGCGCGGGACGGUGCAGUUGCGCGGCAGCAGGCCGGUGGCGCAAUGAGACCCUUGCUGCAUGGCCUCACCCGCACGGCGUACGUCGAGCGGUACAACGGCCUCUUCUGGAGCCAGUUCCUACCCCACGGCAAGAAGGCGUCCGCACGAGCCAAUGACCACUGCGGCAGCGAAGGGUUCCUCCUGGUGGCCGAGAGCAUGUACACGUCGCAGCCCGCCGUGCAAAGGGUCCUCCUCGCGCUCAGCCUGUCGACCGUCGGCAGGUCCAAUCGCGACAUGGCGCUUGUCCAUGGCGGCGUCCGCGCUUACACCUCCACGGUCCAGAGCUUGGCCAACAUGAUCGCCUCGGGACUAAGCAUGGGCAGUGACGUCGCCCUCAUCCUGGUAAAAGGAUUAAACACAUUCGAGAUUAUGUUUGGAGAGGACCAUGCAGAAAUCGUGGCGCAGUCUCGCAAGCUCAUCAGUCACAUUGAAGGCGAGAUAGCGAUGCUCGAGGCCAGGGGUCCUGCAUCGUUACAGACAGGAGACGCUCACGAGAUGCUCGUUGUAGGCAGGCUCUUUUUGCUCGUGUCCAACAUUAGGACAAGGAAACGCUCCUUCCUGCACAGCCCAGAAUGGAUGAGUGUGCCGUGGCUAGUCAUACCGAAAAAUCCAAGAGACCGAUUGGUCGACAUCAUGUUCGAAGUGGCCGGCCUGCUGGAGGACAUCGACUCUCUCCAAGCCGCGGCGAGCAAUGGGGACAAAAACUACGAAACACUGCGUCUCGACAUUGCCGACGCGUGUUGGCAACUUGACGAGCGCCUGCAGCGCUGGUCUGCGGAAGACGCGCCUGUGGUCAGCUUCUACGAUUCAGCCGGCAGCUUCAGGGAAGCCUGGGAUCCGGACGAUUACGCCCGCGCCGACAUGGUCCAGGUGUACUGGUCUGCGUGCCUGCUGCUCUACGAGCUGAUGGGCAUGGUGGUGGACGAUCCGCAGAGCCUCCCUGCGCGGUGCGACCCCUUGGUAUACCUGCGAAAGAUCGGGGAGACGCUGCCAGUCAUCUGGACAGCCGGGGCGGGCAUCAUAGCCACCGCCCGCGGGACAUUUCCCAUGGGCGUGGCCCUGUACGUUUUAUACAGCCAUCCGUACACGGACCCUGAGAUUAUUGGCAUGUUUGCUCGACUUAGGGCGCGGCCGGAUGUGCAGGCCACGCUUGGUCCCUUUAUGGACUCUCUUGUGGCUGAACUGGUUACUCAAAAGGCCCCUCGUCUCCAACAAGACAUGGUGACGCGCACAAGGACCAGUGCCCCAGGCGCCACAGCACAAUAAGCUACGCUCGGGUCCUGGGACCUGGGGACCUCUGGACCUCUGGACCUCUG